CUUUUUCCUUUCGCCCGCACUAUUCCCCUGGAUUUUACAUUCGUUUCCUGACGCGUUUUUACAAGAGAUAGAAAUUCAUGCGCAACGGACCAAAAGAAAGAGUCAUGACAUAUCGUUAGUGCGGAUACCUAAUAAUAGACUGGGCUUAACCCGGCAGCAAGAGAGGUCGGACCCUGUUUUCCGACAUCAUGUCAAAUAAGGCUGCUCGGGCGGUUUUUUCCUUGUUCCUUGUAUUAUCUGUUGUUUCUGCUUUUUCAUCCUGUCCCUACCGCAUUGGCCUUCGCCAGCAAAGAAACCAAGGGGAGCCAGUUGACUGUUUUUCUUUGUCAAGGAAUUUCCUCUUUCAUAAUUUCCUGUCUUAUGUGAUUUAUGCUUUGUGGAGACGUCUCUUUCCUCCGGAUGGGAUGCAUUCAGCAUGUUAUGAGAGAGAAGAGAAGGGUGUUUAUCGUUCCUCGAUUGCUCGAGUUAGACUAUGAUUCUUCGAAGACUUAAAUUGAUUGAUGUUGUGAUUGCGUGAUCAAA